AUGAGCCCGAUUAUUAGAACGAACAGGUAUAGACAGUUAUAUGAGAGAACCGUAGUUGUUACUGAUAAUUUUGAUAGUAGUUCGGGAUGGAUUUGGGGUAGGUGGAUUCUAUUCGUCAUAUUUGUGAUCUGUAUAAUAGCAGUCGGUUUAGGGACAGCCAGGAUCAACAGACGAAGGCGAACCAUGGGGCAAGCCCCCAUCCUAGGCACAGCUUGGAUGACCCCACCGUCGUACCGGCAGUCUCAAAGACAUUAUAACGGACCAGUGGAAGGCUCGGAGGAUUACGUGCCUCAAUAUACUGCCACGGCCAAUGAUCAGGAUUUGGGCUAUUACGAUGAGCAUGGGGAGUUCCAUUUGAAUUCCAAGGCCGAAGCCCAGGCCCCGCCAGCUAUGACGGGAGAAACGGUGUCGGACUCUUCGGAAUCGUUGGAAAGACCGAGAGCAGCAGUUACGAGAGACUCAUAUUCUUCGGACUUGGAUCAAGACUUCCGAAGGUACGUUCCGCCACCCCCUUCUGAUCCUCCAAUGGCACAACCCAACAUGCCAGGAGGAUUCGAGGACAACGCUGCCGACACUGAAAGAUCAGGAAUACAGGUCGGUAAUUCGGAUAGCGUAGCGUUGCAAGAAAUCUCACCACCAGAAAAGGUCAAGAGUUCCAGAGGCUUGUGA